UGCCCCUCAUCCCUCUUAAAAAGACGGUCAGCGUGAACCCCGCCCAUCUUACAAUUUCCCAUCCAUCCCUCUUCUUCCCCCCUCACCCGCUUCUUCUCUCUGACCAUACUUGUCCCAUACACUCCUCUCCCCUACCGUCAGAAUGUCUGCUCCCGCCCACAAGUUCAAGGUCGCCGACCUGUCCCUUGCUGCCUUCGGGCGCAAGGAGAUUGAGCUGGCCGAGAACGAGAUGCCUGGCCUCAUGGCGACCCGCAAGAAGUAUGCUGCGGAUCAACCGCUCAAGGGCGCCCGUAUUGCUGGCUGCCUGCACAUGACGAUCCAGACGGCUGUCUUGAUUGAGACCCUCGUUGCCCUGGGCGCCGAGGUUACAUGGUCAUCGUGCAACAUUUUCAGCACGCAGGACCACGCCGCUGCUGCCAUCGCCGCGGCCGGCAUCCCGGUCUUCGCCUGGAAGGGCGAGACGGAGGAGGAGUACAACUGGUGCUUGGAGCAGCAGCUUGUCGCCUUCAAGGAUGGCAAGAAGCUCAACCUGAUCCUGGACGACGGUGGUGACUUGACGCACCUGGUGCACACCAAGUACCCGGAGAUGCUCCAGGACUGCUACGGCGUGUCUGAGGAGACCACGACAGGCGUCCACCACCUUUACCGGAUGCUCAAGAACGGUCAAUUGCUGGUGCCCGCUAUCAAUGUCAACGAUUCGGUCACCAAGUCUAAGUUCGACAACCUGUACGGCUGCCGCGAGUCGCUGAUUGACGGCAUCAAGCGUGCUACCGACGUUAUGAUUGCCGGCAAGAUUGCCGUCGUUGCCGGCUUCGGUGAUGUCGGCAAGGGUUGCGCCAUGGCCCUACACGGUAUGGGCGCCCGUGUCCUCGUCACCGAGGUCGACCCCAUCAACGCCCUCCAGGCCGCCAUGGCGGGCUACGAGGUGACCACCAUGGAGAAGGCCAGCAAGGUCGGUCAGAUCUUCGUCACCACCACCGGCUGCCGUGACAUCCUGGUGGGCAAGCACUUCGAGGCGAUGCCCAAUGACGCGAUUGUCUGCAACAUCGGCCAUUUCGACGUCGAGAUUGAUGUCGCUUGGCUCAAGGCCAACGCCCAGUCUGUGCAGAACAUCAAGCCCCAGGUUGACCGCUUCCUGAUGAAGAACGGCCGCCACAUCAUCCUCCUGGCUGAGGGCCGCCUCGUCAACCUGGGCUGUGCCACUGGUCACAGUUCCUUCGUUAUGUCGUGCAGCUUCACCAACCAAGUGCUCGCUCAGAUCAUGCUCUACAAGAACAACGACGAGGCGUUCGCUAAGAAGUAUGUUGAGUUUGCCAAGAGCGGCAAGCUCGAGAAGAAAGUCUACGUGUUGCCAAAGAUCCUCGACGAGGAGGUCGCUCGCCUUCACCUGGCUCAUGUCAACGCUGAGCUCACAACGCUCACCCCCGUCCAGGCCGAGUAUCUUGGCCUCGAGGUCGAGGGUCCUUUCAAGAGCGACCAUUACCGCUACUAAUCCUGUGUAUUCUGUGUGCUUGGCCUUGCCGUGAUUCACCACCGGCGAAGGAAGCUUUUCAUGAUAGAUCUCCACGAGGACUUGGAUCUCGGGCAGAUCUUGGUAGCAUGAUUGGUGUCGUUUUUUAGAGCAUUUCUCUUCGUUAUCUUUUUCAACAACUCUUGCAUGGCACAUCGGGUUUAGGCUGGGUAUAAAAGGCAAAGGGGAUCUGGUACACAUUUUCAACAAAAGUACGGCGUUGGCUUGGCUCAUGAUAUCCCACCUACACCCACUGGAAGGCGUUUAACAGAGAGCUUGUCAUGGCAGUGCGCCGGGGCGCUUCUUAGACACAGGCAAGCAGGAGAGUUGAGUAGUCCCGUCAACCGGGGCCUUGCAGAAAUACAACCAUGAUGGAUCUGGG